CUGGGAAGCCCAGCUGGUGGUUUAUUUGGAUCACUGGAAGACUUGAGAUAGGAAGAUGGCACAGUGUGGUGUGGUUCUGAAUAACCUUAAUCUGAAGAAGGGGCACUGCCUGGCAUUGAAAGGUCUCAUUCCCAAAGAUUCUAAAGGGUUCACCGUAAACCUGGGCAAGGACGCCACCAACUUUAUCCUUCAUUUCAACGUACGGUUUAACCUUCAUGGUGACACAAACAUCAUAGUGUGCAAUUCCAAAGAGGGUGAUACCUGGGGGACAGAGCAAAGGGAAAAGUCAUUUCCUUUCAAGCAAGGAGAGGAAACUUCAAUAUGUUUUACGCACGAGGCGGAUAAACUGAAGGUGAAACUCUCAGAUGGAUCAGAAUUCGCAUUCCCGGCCCGGAUGCAGUUAGACACCAUUUCCUUUAUAUGCCUGGAGGGUUUAGAGAUGAAAUCACUCUCACUGGAGUGAAUGAGUCUACCUGUGACAUCAUGACUUUCCCACAAUUCCACAGUGUGGUCUACCUUGUAGUAGUUUUGCUACGGAAUGCUGCAGCCUCUUGCCAUGAAUAGAGUUGGUUGCUUCUGAUUAGUAGUUAAUUCUCUAUCUGUAGACUGGGUUAAUAAAAUCUAAUCACUUC